AUGGACACAUGGGAUCAGAAAAUGACCUUAUUUGACAUGAAGUCAGGAGAGGAUUUAUCAGCCAUCCUUGUCAAAACAUUUAAAGCUCCACAGAGCUUCAUCAUCACAAACAGACCAAUAGAACACAGAGUACUGACACACCUAAGAGGAUGCUUGCCUACAUCAACCACUGCACUGUGGACAGAAAAGCUGGACAAGUUUUAUAAUGAAUUUUUCAACUCAGCUCUUGGGAAAAACAUCACUUUUGUGCGUCCUGCAUAUUUUGUGAUAAGUGGUUUUUCUGGCAUACCUAAUAUCAAGUAUUACUAUGUCUUCCUCUUUUUCGUUUAUAUUGUUUCAGUGCUCGGAAACACAGUUGUGAUGGCAGUAAUAUACUUGGAUCAUAAUCUGAGAACUCCAAAAUAUAUUGCAGUUUUUCAUCUAGCAUUUGUGGACCUGUUUGGUAGCUCUGCUCUGAUGCCGAAGGUUCUUGACAUCUUUCUGUUUAAGCAUGACAACAUCCCCUACAACGACUGCUUGACAUUCCUUUUUUUCUGCUACACCUGCCUUGGCAUGCAGGUUCUUAAUCUGGUUGCACUCUCCUAUGACAGACUUAUUGCCAUCAUCUACCCUCUGCACUAUCAAGUGAAGGUGACCAACAGGUUCAUGCUGUCUAUGAUUGCAUCUUUCUGGGUCUUUGUUAUAAUUGCUGCACUUAUUUCAGUUGGCCUUCUCACAAGACUUUCCUUCUGUAAAUCUGUGGUUAUUAACAGCUAUUUCUGUGACCAUGGCCAGAUAUACAGGCUGGCCUGUAAUGACAACACACCCAACUAUGUCAUUAGUUUUUUGUUAGUACUUAUAAUUCUUUGGCUUCCACUGGCAUUUAUCUUGUUAAGUUAUCUAUGUAUUGGUUAUGCUUUGUCUAAAGUGGCCACAGCUCAAGAAAGAUACAAGGCCUUUAAAACCUGCACAGCUCAUAUUUCAUUAGCGGCAAUCUAUUUCAUCCCAAUAUUAAUCACAUUUACUAUGAGUUCAAACAUACAUCCAAAUGCCAGGAUCAUAAAUCUGUCCCUGACCUCUAUUUUUCCUCCCAUGCUGAACCCAUUCAUUUAUGUUCUGCAGACACAAGAAAUCAAAGUAUCAUUGAAAAAAAUAUUAAAAAUUAGAAAGGAAUCCAAAAUUACAGUAAAGAAAGUGAUCAUAAAAUGA